UAAGCCCUCAUGCAGACAGACACCUCUCUGCUCCACAGCUCAGUUAUUUGUUUCAGCUCACCUCAAAACUUUUUUUUAUUUUUAAAGAUCUGAGCAAGCAACUUGAAUUCCCUUUUUUUGCAAAUCACAAUCAAAUGGAUGUAAGUUUGCUGUGAGUCAGGUUGUGUUUCUGCUGACAGUGAGGAGCAGCAUCGGCAGAGGGGAGGGAAGGCUGCUGUGUCCCAGCCCUCUGCAUCCAGCUGCUGCGUCGCUCCGCACCACCACUGCGCCACAUUCACUAUGGCUUUAGCCGCAAGCAGGACGCUCUUGGCGCUAUUCGUCACGUUUUGCGCACCGGGAUGCGGAUGGGCAGCAGAGAAACCCCUACGGCCGCAGAACGGGAAACAAACAUCUGUGGACAGGAGCCUGAGGGAGAGCUGGGAGCCUUCCAUCCAUCUGGAUGGGAGACCUGUGGACCGCUUCAUCAUCAGCUCCAGCAAACCCACGAGGUCAAACCGCUUCACGAAAGUGAGCAAAGACAGUCGCGCUCCUCUGUUGGAGGAUGUAGACCCUGAAUGGGUUAACCUGGAUGGCUUUGCUGUGUUGGGCGGUGCACCUGUCAGCAACUCAUCAGCAGGUCCAGUCAGACCUUCACAACCCGCAGCCAGAAACCACUCCACUGUACAGCGGGCAUCCAGGGUGGACCGAACAGCUCGCCCAUCAGGCGUCUCCGCUACCAGGACACACAGGAGGGCACCUCAGUCCUCCUCAGGUCCCAGGCAGCCUGAGAGGCCUUUGGCAGGAACCCCACUGCUGGAGAGGAGACGGCAACACCACACCAAGCCUCAGUCGGACCAGAGGAACCGGCACACACACAAACUAACAUCUGAGUCCGUUCAUGUGGUGUCACUGCAGGCACAGAAGGCCCAGGGCCAGAGUGCACCCGCCAGCAGAGCAGUCACCAGUAAAACCACCGAACCAGAGCCACCUGAAUAUGAGGCGAAGGACAUCAGUGUCAGGGUCAUGUCUGCCCGCUCCGUCCUCAUCUCCUGGGUCGACCCUGCCGUCGAGAUGGGAAAAGUUGCCCCCGGGACAUCCAGAUCCUACACAGUCAGGUACAGGGAGAAGGGCGAGUCAGCCCGCUGGGAGUACAAGGACAGCAGCCAGAGGAGGCUCAUGAUAGACACCCUGUCUGCUGACGGCAUGUACGAGUUCUCUGUCAGAAUCUCUCAGGAUGAAAAACAUGGCAAGUGGAGCGUCUCGGUCUUCCAGAGGACUCCCGAGUCAGCACCAUCCGGACCACCUGAGAACUUUGAGGUGAAGCCCCUACGAGGAAAAGGAACUGCUGUCAUAGCAACAUGGGAUCCACCUGAAGAACCCAAUGGGAGGAUAAGAGAGUACAUCUUGUCUUAUGCCCCUGCAAUGAAGCCAUUUGGAAUGAAGAGCACUACGUACCGAGGCAGCACCACCACAGCCACCGUAGAUGGCCUCACGCCUGGAGACCGUUACAUCUUCAAGAUCAGAGCCACCAACAGGAGGGGACAGGGACCCCAGAGCAAGGCCUUCAGCGUUGCCAUGCCAGGAUCCAGCAGUGCUGCCUCAUCGUUUUCAAAAACCAAAGAGAGCCCAAGAACCAGCCACACUCCCACCGAACAGGACACCGACCACGAAGAAUCCGACCUCCAGUCCACAGAGGCGCCGGAAGACCCAACCACGCCGGCCCUACGACGUCCUGCUGCCCCAGUUAACCGGCGUCUUCGUCCACUUUCCCAGACACGCUCCUAUCACAGCAUCUUCUCCUCUGUCAGGGGCUCAGUCAGGAAUGCAGUGAACAGAGGUUCAACCAGAGGAAGAGACAGAGAAGAUGAGGAGGAAGAAGAAGAGCAAAUACCUACAACACCCCCUCCAGCAGAAACGACAACAACUAUAGAAGUCAUGCCAGAGGAGACGAAAGAACCCGACAAUGAUGUUUCCCCAGACUCUGAGGAUGAUGUUGAAUACGAUGAUGAGCCCCCGACAACUGAAACCCCCAAUCUCAAAGUUCUGACACCUUCCCCAACUAAACCUGCACCUCCUCGUGCUAAUCCACCAAACAGACGGCCAAUUAAGAUCAGGGUCCAUCAGAAAGCAUCCUCCAAGGAUACACCUUCCUCCUCAUCCACUGAUUCCUCUUCCUCUUCUUCUUCAUCCUCUUCAUCUUCUGCUGGGUCAUCAUCUUCAUCUGAUUCUUCCUCUUCAUCCCCUUCUACAACCUCAUUAUCUUCUUCCUCACGUAUUCAAGAGUCAGCAGCCAGUAGGAAGGACUACGUAGCCUCCACGUACCCAGAGACCAAAAACAUCUACGAUAAAUCCAGCACAGCACAUGCAAAACCCUCUACUGCAGCUGUAAAAGAAACCAGUUCACAGCAGACAAAUGCUUCCCCCAUAGGCAGAGGUUCUGCUUCAGCGGGGCGUGCCAUUGGGUCUGGUUUUGGCUCUAGAUAUGGAUAUGGCAGAAGACAUCCUGGAACUGUGUUUAGAGGGAAUUCCACCAGAAUGCUGAAUGGUUACAAACCUGCCCUCACCUCACAGUCAAACUCUCUGAGCAGAACUCAGAACCAGGUAACGUCAAACACACGUAGUUCAGCAACAUCACAGUCUGCUUCAUCAGACAGGACUCAGAACCACGAAACAUCAAAUACUUUCAAUCCAACAACAUCUCGAUCAACUUCAGGAGGCAACUCCAACAGCCAGGCAACCUCAGAUUCACAUGAUUUUGACAAAUCACAGUCUGCAUCAGAGUCCAGGACUCGUGGCUCGACAGCUUUGCAGGGCGCCUAUCCAUCUAUGCCACACGGCAGUGCAAACACCCGGUCCACUGCAGACACAUCAGGUCUUUCUCAGUCCACUUCACAAAGAGGAUCUCACAGCUCUGCAACUUCACAGGAUACACAUAAUUCACAGAGUUCACAUGUAUCACCAAAGCAAGACACAUCAUACAGCGAGGGAAAUGAUGACACUGAUUACAAAAACACAGAUAGAGAAGCAACCAAAACUGAUGAGCCUGCUUUAGGCUCUAGAAGACAACCUGCAGAGGAGGAGACUAGAAAGGAAGAGGGACGAGAUGAAAGCACGAGUGAAAAACCUGUAGUUUCUCGUACCAGAAUCAGCUCUUCAUUUGCUGAAAGGUUUCCUUGGCUAGCGAGUCGCUAUCCAGGAAGAUUUGGCUCAGGUACGAGGACGUCAUCCACCAGGCAGGAGGGCAGGACUCCCUUCACCAGGGUGUCAUCCUCUGUAGGGGCUGGCAGACCAAUUUUGAGGGAGACCUCCACUAGAGUCUCAGGGGCCACGGGUGCAGAAGGAGUGUCCUUGAUACAGGAGACCAGUGAAGAUCUGAAGACUCCUUCUUCUCAUGACUCGCUAAAGAAUGAGUUUGGAAGGAGUUCAGUUAAGCCUUCAUCAACCAAUCAAAAUACAGCAUCUAGUGACACUAGAAACCCAACUACCUCAUCUUCAUCAUCCUCCUCUUCAGCAUCCAUCCCUUCAAAUUCUGACUCCUAUCAUUCCUCGAGUGGACACAGAGACUCUGAUAAACAGAGCCACAGAGGAACCUCUAAUGAAAAUAGUUAUGAUCAUAAUAAGGAUUAUCUCAAUGAGAGGAGUGAAGAAAUCAGUGAGAAAAAUGACAAGGUUGCAGACCCUGCAGGAGCCCAAAAGAAUCCAACUCUAACUUCAGCUGACCACCACAGAAAUGCAGAAGAGGACAAUGAGAGUGUGGGUACGAGGGAUUCCUCAUCCAGGACUAGGCCUGGUACUUCCUCUGGAUUCAAUCCACCUUAUCGGCGUCCUGGUGUCGGGGCGAAUGGGAGGGUACGCUCUCCUUUCCUGGGUAACAGGCAGUUUGGAGGGUCUAGGCUUCCCAUCAAACCACAAUCAGCACAAAACUCUAGGCUGGGUUCUUCAACAUCUGAUUCCUCCUCAUCAGCAUCCGGUUCCUCUUCUUCAUCUGGUUUGCCCCAGCCAGUGUUGACCUCAGAUCGGGAUAGUGGCACUGCUGUGUCGAGGACAGGGGGAUUGAUUGAUGGCAGCUCUCAGUCUACAUCGUCGUCUUCGUCGCUGUCAUUGUCAUCAUCUUCAUCAAGAGACAGCUUUAGGAACAAUGGGGCUCGGCCUCGCUAUCCCAUUAUCAGAGGGAAACCAAACAAUGGAGGAGGACUCAAACCUGGCAAUGGAAAUGGUAAAAAUGGACGACCCAAUUUGACCGCAACAGAUGAUAAAGAGUCUUCUUCCUCUCAUGGAACCAGCAAGGCUACAGGCCAAAGGUUUAUCACUGGACCUGAUGGAACCAAAUGGGUGGUGGACUUGGAGCGGGGAGUUCUUAUGAACCAGGAUGGACAAGUUCUCCAGGACUCCCAAGGCAAACCCAAGAGAGUGGUGCUUGGAGAGGAUGGACGCACCAUUUUUGACCACAUGGGCAGUCCCUUAGUCAGCCAGGAAGGCAUUGCACUGUUUGGCCAUGGCAGAGAUAGCCAGCCUGUGGUCAACCCCAAAGACAAGGUCCUCAUGGUUGGAGGGAAACCUGUACUUGGUUUGGACCGGCCUCGCCCAAGAACCACCACUACCACUACCACCACCACCACCACCACCACGGCUCCUACUACCACACCUGAGCCCACCACCACUGAAUGGUUCAUGGAGGAGUCUACCACUGCCAUGCCGUACCCGACCUGUCCACCGGGAACCUUCUCUAAAACAGAUGAAUAUGGAUAUCCGGUUCUGGACCCAGAGGGAAUUUUGGACUGUUAUCCAGAAGAGGACUCCUCAGGGAUGGAAAUGGAUCACAUGGUUGCAGAGACCAUGAUGCCUGAUGCUUUAGCUCUUAAGAAAGAUGACGUUUUUGCUCAGACCACCCGGCCACCUCCCACCACCACCACCGAGAGCCCUCCUCCUCCUCCAGAGCCAGAAACCAGACCCGCCAACAGAGGCCCUUCAUCGGAGUUUGACCUCAGCGGGAAGAAGCGAUUCACAGCUCCUUAUGUGAACUACAUCCAGAAGGAUCCGGGCGCUCCUUGCUCUCUGACAGAGGCUCUGGACUACCUUCAGGUCGACGUCCUGGAAAACCUGAUAGAGAAGGACAGCAUGGCAGCCAAUCAGAAGCAGCCUCCCAAAAACAAGCCUCAUAACCUCACGGUGGUCGCCAUGGAGGGCUGCCACUCCUUCAUCAUCCUGGACUGGGCCCAGCCCCUGAAGGACGACAUGGUGUCCGGCUACAUGGUCCACAGCGCUUCAUACGAUGAUGUCCUGAACAACAGGUGGUCCUCCAGAGCCUCCAGCGGGACCCACCUUCCCGUGGAGAACCUCAAACCCAACUCCAGGUACUACUUCAAGGUGCAGGCCAAGAAUGUGUUUGGUUUGGGACCGGUCAGCGACACGCUCACCUACGUGACUGAAUCAGAUGAUCCUCUUCUCAUUGAAAGACCACCCGGUAAGUCUGCACGCCGACAACACGUCUCUAAGUUCAGGUCAACUCGCUGAGCUUUUA